CACAUAAUAAUUAUGACAUCAUAUCAUAAUGAUACACAGAUUACACUUCAGUGUGUCUGUACAGUUUAUUAUAGGGUCAGAGCAGGUUUGACAGAUGACUCCCCUCCUCCUCCUGCCUUCUUCCUCUUCCUCCUCCUACUCACGACCUCCUCUCUCUCAGACGGAGCUCUGCGUCUCAACCGGCUCCAUUUCACCGCGCUCGAUCCCGGACUCCGAGCGCGCCGGAGCAGCUGUGCGCACAAAUAUUUCAAGAGACGGAGGUGGACCACUCUACCCCCAUCCACCACUUUCAGCUGCGGAGAGUCUGAACGGACAGUUUCCAUUUUCCUUGGUUUGAGGACUUUUUUCUCCGCUGUGGUUUUUGGUCUCUUUGGUGAUGCCUCCAGACUGGAGCCGCUCCGGGACGCACCCACACCCGACAGGUGCACCUCUGAUACACAACCAAAGACUUUGUGAAAGCUGUUUGCGCUCAGAAAUGAAUGAAAACUAACUUUUUGUGGCAGUUAAAAUCUCCGCUGUUUUUGGACUGAUUAUCAGAAAUCAGAGAUGGAUCGAUCAUUUUGGAAAACGCAUCAGUUCAGUCUGACGGGUUAGACAGAACCACACGAUGCUGCUUCCAUUCUCGGGGUUACUGUGUUUGUGGCUGUGCAGCGAGGCCGGCGCGAGUCAGUUCCAGUGGAAGAAAACAAAGACUACUUUCAGUCCUCACUAUGAAUCCACCGCCGCUGACAGGAAUGCGCAGAGCCGGAGAUGGCGCACAGCCAUCGGGGAGGACAAUAGGGGGACACGCGGUGCGAGUGCGCGGGCCUUGUGGUUGGAUACUGUAAAUCCGUCACCCCGUAAUCAGCUUGGAACACAGAUACCCCGGCAUGCUGUGCGUAAAAGUGACGCGCAAAAUGGAGCGCGGCGCCUCCGACCUGAACCCAGAGCUGAAGCUUUGCGCACGAAUAAAUACAACGCUAGUGAGCCGCUGCGAGGUGGGUGCAGGCCUGGAGAAGUGCUUAAACAAACUCCGCAUGGACGCACCUGUAGCCUGGGGAAACACGGACAGAACCGGCGGCACCGACGGAGCGCAAAAUCCAGCAGGAGGAAGCGGAGCGAGCCGAUGCACGGAACCACGGCCGCGUGGGAGGCUCUGCCCGCGGCCAUGGCGCAGGAGCAAGAACCGGUACCCCCUUUUGGACUCAACACCAGUGACUAUGAGGAGGACUACUCUCUGCCGGACUUUACCGAUACCACGCCGUUAGUCCCGGUGAACCCGAGGACCAGAGGGAGGCCGGUGAAGAACCCGUUCUACCCGGUCACUGCAGAGUCGUAUGGGGCGUACGCGGUCAUCAUCACCGCCGCCAUCAUCUUCAGUGUGGGGAUCAUCGGGAACGUGUCGGUCAUGUGCAUCGUGUGUCACAACUACUACAUGAGGAGCAUCUCCAACUCGCUGCUGGCCAACCUCGCGCUCUGGGACUUUGUCAUCAUCUUCUUCUGUCUGCCGCUCGUGGUGUUCCACGAGCUCACCAAGAACUGGCUGCUGGGGGAGUUCUCGUGCAGGAUCAUCCCAUACCUGGAGGUGGCUUCUCUCGGGGUCACGACCUUCACACUUUGUGCACUGUGCAUCGACCGUUUUCGUGCCGCCACCAACGUGCAGAUGUACUACGAAAUGAUCGAGAACUGGGCGUCCACCACAGCGAAGCUUGCCGUCAUCUGGGUGGGCGCUCUGCUGCUGGCACUGCCCGAGUUGCUGAUCCGGCAGCUGGUCACUGAAGAUGGCGACCCACCCGACGUGACGCCUUGUGAACGCUGCGUUAUUCGGAUCUCCACUGACCUCCCGGACACGCUCUACGUCUUGGGACUGACCUAUGACGGCGCACGUCUCUGGUGGUACUUUGGCUGCUAUUUCUGCCUGCCAACGCUGUUCACCAUUUGUAGCUCGCUGGUCACAGCCCGCAAAAUCCGCCUCGCAGAGCGUGCCUGCGUCCGCGGCAGCAAGAAGCAGAUCCAACUGGAGAGCCAGAUGAACUGUGCCGUGGUGGCGUUGGCCAUCCUCUACGGUUUCUGCAUCAUUCCAGAGAACAUCUGCAACAUCAUCAACACAUACAUGGCAGCCGGCAUUCCCAGGAGAACCCUGGACAUCCUGCAGCUGGUCAGCCAGAUGCUGCUUUUCUGUAAGUCCGCGGUGACACCGGUGCUGCUGUUCUGCCUGUGCCAGCCGUUCACGAGAGCCUUCCUGGACUGUUGCUGCUGCUGCUGCGAUGAGUGCGGCCCUCCCCGAUCCCCCACCACUGCUGCCAGCGACAUCGACAACGAGGGCGCCACCACUGAGCUGGAGCUGUCACCGUUCAAUACCAUCCACAGGGAGCCGUCCACCUCCGCCGCCUACACUGUUGUGGGGACACACUGCUGAGGUCAAAGGUCAAAGAUGAACAGUGUGAGGCCGAGCUUCAUCUGGGUCGCUCCUCUGAUGUGAUUCGAAAAUUUGACUGGUGGACACGUUGACAUAUCAUGAUGUAAAUGAGUUUUUUAAAAACUUGAGUGGAUUCGACCUCAACCCGUCACUGACGUGACUAAAGACACCACUGUUUGUCCAUUCACUGAUUUUAUAAAAGACAGCCAGUAUUAGUUAAUAGCCUUUAUUUGUUUAGUCCUUUUUCAUUAACUCACAGUAUUUUUACUGAAUCUGCACUCUGACCUUAUUUCUGUUCAUUGUCACUGUAUUCCACAGAAGCUGAGAGCCGACAUGGACCCCAAACUUCUGCUUCUUUUUCUUGAGGUCACGACUUAGUCCAUCAACAUUGUUUAGCUGAUGUGCUGCACACUCCCUAAGAGUCUUUCUGUUAAUUAUUUGGAAUUAAUUAAUUAAUUGGGCAUCUAUGAAUCAAACACAUUCCCCUGUACAUAGUGCCAAAUUACAUUGCUUUUUUCGGGACAUGUUCAAGGAAGCAUACUCCUAAAAGUUUGAGUUAUCUUCAGUAAUUGAUUUUGGUAAUGAUCUUCGACCAUGGCCGCUAUGAUCACCUGUAGUUUUGUAAUUAUGGAUGUUCUUGGUUGUUGUUGUUUUUUUUUUAUGUGUGAGUGAGUCAAAAGGAUCCUCAGUAAUAUAUUGAAAAUGGCUGUUGAUGCUGUGUUGUGUUUGCUGAUGAUGUUCUUGUGAAUCAGUUCUGGAUGUGAGUGUGUUGCUCCGCUGUACGUUCACAACAUGACAGAGUUAUUGCGUUUUUUAGUAUCACUUUGAUUAAAAAGUAUUUUAAAAUAGA